AUGGAGAAACAGCAAGUGGGUUGUGGAAUUUCAAGGCCACAUGUGGCACUCUAUCCAGCUGUGGGUCUGGGCCAUCUGAUUCCCUUCAUCGAGCUUGCAAGAAAGCUCGUUUCGUCCCACGGUUUCGCCGUCACCCUAAUCACACCCGCUUGGAACGUUUCCCCUUCGCAGACUAAAUAUGUUUCAGACCUUCUUUCCUCCAAUCCCAACACGAUCCGUCAAAUAGAGCUUCCACAGAUUCCUUCCGACGGACAAGACACCAAAGAUGACGGCAACUACUUUCUGGAACAAAUAAGCAAGUCCAUGCCUGCGGUAGAACAAAAUCUGAGGAUACUACAACAGUCCAACCACCCUUUUUCGCCAAUUCGUGCGUUGAUAUCUGAUCUCUUUCAUGUGGCGACUCUGAACGUGACUGACUCUCUGGGCUUGCCAAAUUAUGUCUUGUUUACAUCUUCUGCGGCCUUCCUCUAUUUCAUGUUGUGUGUCCCUCGCCUUUAUCUGUCUGAAGGAAACGAGGCUCCUCCGGUUUCCGUCAAUAUCCCGGGCUGGAAGAAGCCCUUCAGUGAGGGAGACUUUCCAGACCUGUUUCGGAACAAGUCCAAUCCAAUGUUUCACGGCUUCCUUGGCCUUUGCUCUCCCUUACGGGCAAUGAAAGGCAUUCUCGUCAAUACAUUUUACGACUUGGAAGCUCAGUCGAUUCAUGCGUUGCUGUCCCGGAGCGUAGUAGAAAUCGACAGGCUACCGCCUGUACAUGCGGUUGGGCCAAUUAUGCGGUCGAUUGAUCUGCCCCAGGCGGACAGUGAGGGAGAAGAGAGCCUGAAAUUGUGGCUGGAUAGCCGGGCAAAUGCGUCGGUGGUGUUCGCAUCGUUUGGUACGUGGGGGUUGAUGUCGAGAGAACAGUUGACGGAGAUUGCGUUAGGGCUGGAAGCGAGCGGCGUAAAUUUUGUUUGGGUUGUGCGGGGGAUUAGUAUUACUGGUAGUGGUGCUUCUCGUUUCAGUUCUAGUCUGGAAGUGGAGUUGAGCAGCGUUCUUCCCGAGGGUUUCUUGAGCCGUGUGGAGGGCCGGGGACUAGUACUUCCUUCCUGGGCUCCUCAGGUUACUAUUCUUUCGCAUCCGGCGGUGGGAGCUUUUGUUUCUCAUUGUGGAUGGAAUUCUACGCUGGAAGCUAUUUGGUUUGGAGUCCCCAUUGUUGCCUGGCCUCUUUAUGCUGAGCAGCGAAUGAAUUGCUUGUUAAUUGUAACUGAAUGGAUGGUGGGUUUGGAGGCUGUCAAGGGAGAGGAUGGUUUGGUUGGCCGGGCAGAGUUGCAGAGUGUGCUGGAAAAAGUUAUGGAUGGAGAAGAUGGGAGAUUGGUGAGGAAGAAUAUGGAAGAGUUGAGUUUGAAAGCGAGAUGUGCAGUCACAGAAAAGGAAGGAAGCUCGUUUGUCUGCAUGGAAGCUGCAUUUAGUGAUCUUGCUAUAGCUGCAACCGAAAUCAAACAUAACGAUUGA